AUGUUGAAGGUCUUUGGCGCAGCACGCUGGCUUCUGGGCCUUCCGCCCGCCAAUGCCAUCGAAGCUCCCCAGCCAGUCGCGGCAACGACGCUCCAUCGCUUCCGAGAGCUCCCGCCUGAGAUUCGGCGUGGCAUCUGGGACCUUGCGCUUCCUCCGCCACGGGUUUACGAACCGGAGGCUUCCUCCACGGAUGUUAUGAAACCAGUAAAAUUCCUUACAGAGUUCCCCCCGCCUGCCAUGCGGGAAGCAUGCCGCGAGGCGUAUGGUUUCGACUACUGCGAGAGGCUGAUAGUCGCUGUCUAUCCGCCCGGUUCCUGGGAGAUGGAUGCGAAGGAACUCAGGGGAACGGAACCAGUCUUCCGGAAAAUCAUGGACGGAGAAUCUGUCGGCUAUCAUGAAUUUGACGAUACCGAUUGGCCCAUGGAAGAGAGACAAGUUGUGGAAGGCUAUGAUGCGCCUGAGAGCGAUGUCAUUGGUUGGGAAGAUGCCAAAGAGGUGAUCUUGAACAUUUUCGAGAGACGAAAGGAGAUCUUACGUGAGAUCAAUGAGGAGGGGCCCAGCGAAAGCCGGUCAGAGAAUAUCACGAAGGAGAUCUGGAGGUGGAGGCUGUGGAGGUCUUUCGAAAGCCCAUACCCAAGGCUCUGCCAGCUUGAUCAGGCGGUGAACAGGAUGAGAGAGCGCCGGUGA